CUUGAUCUGUUUUGGAUGCUCCAUACCGUACUACACUCUCCUCUUCAGCAUGCUCCUCGCCAGCUCGCGCGGUUACGAAAAGCUUCAAACCCUAAAACCCUAAACUGAUUCCAACCUCAAAAUCACCCACACAGCGGUGCAAAAAAGGACUUAGACGAAGCAAACCAAUUGCUAGGGCUUCUCCACAUUUCAAUGGAGGACCCGGAAGGGACCCUCAGCUUCGACUUCGAGGGCGGUCUUGAUGCCGCUGCCCCUCUGGGCCCUGCCGGCGGAUCUGCGUCUUUCAUGCCCUCCGACCCUACCUCUGCCCCAAUUGCCGUAACUGCCGGCAACAUAGGAUCCGCAACCUCCGAAUCAGCUGCCGCCGGAGGGAAUAUUUCAGGUCGGAGGAGCUUCCGGCAGACAGUGUGUCGGCACUGGCUCCGCAGCCUUUGCAUGAAGGGGGACGCCUGCGGCUUUCUCCAUCAGUACGAUAAAGCCCGGAUGCCGGUUUGCCGGUUCUUCCGCCUCUACGGGGAGUGCCGGGAACAGGAUUGCGUGUAUAAGCACACGAAUGAGGACAUAAAGGAGUGCAACAUGUAUAAAUUUGGAUUCUGCCCGAAUGGUCCUGAGUGUCGCUAUAGACAUGCCAAACUCCCCGGUCCUCCUCCUCCUGUUGAAGAAGUCUUUCAGAAGAUUCAGCAGCUGUUCAAUUAUGGUUCUUCAAACAGAUUUUUUCAGCACCGGAAUACUGGGUAUAAUCAACAGAUGGAAAAGUCUCAACUUCCUCAAGGUUCUGCUGUAACAAAUCAAUCAGCUGAACUCAAAUCUCCUGGUUCGGUUGAACCGCUAAUUUCACAGCGGCAACCCCAAGGUCAACAAUCUCAACAACAAGAAACUUCACAACUACAGCAGCAAUCACAUCAACUGCAACAACAGAACUGUAGUGAAAAUCAGGUCCAGAGCAUUACCAAUGGCUUGCCUAAUCAACCUAAUAGGACAGCAUCACCUCUUCCUCCAGGGCAAUCUAGGUACUUUAUUGUUAAAAGUUGCAAUCGUGAAAACCUGGAAAUUUCUGUUCAGCAAGGUGUUUGGGCAACCCAAAGGAGUAAUGAGGCUAAACUUAAUGAAGCAUUUGAGUCUAUAGAGAAUGUUAUUUUGAUAUUCUCAAUCAACCGUACUCGACAUUUCCAGGGCUGUGCAAAGAUGACUUCUAAAAUUGGUGGAUUUAUUGGUGGAGGCAAUUGGAAAUAUGCACAUGGAACAGCUCACUAUGGCCGGAAUUUCUCGGUCAAAUGGCUAAAGCUGUGUGAAUUGUCUUUCAAUAAGACCCAUCAUUUGAGGAAUCCCUACAAUGACAACCUACCAGUGAAGAUAAGUCGAGACUGCCAAGAGUUGGAGCCUUUUAUUGGUGAGCAGUUGGCUUCUCUUCUUUAUCUUGAAACAGACAGCGAACUCAUGCAAAUGCUGAUUGCUGCGGAAUCUAAACGUGAGGAAGAAAAAGCAAAGGGUGCCAGCAACACAGACGAUGCAACUGAAAAUCCAGAUAUUGUAUUGUUUGAUGACAAUGAAGAAGAGGAGGAAGAUGAGAGUGACGAAGAGGAUGACAGUACAGUUAGUGCAUAUGGAAGAGGAAGAGGAAGAGGGAUGUUUUGGCAACCUCCAAUUCAACUAGCACGUGGAGGCAGGCCAGUUCUUGGCGUCCGAGGUUUUCCUCCCAUGAUGAUGGGCGUAGAUGGCUAUGGUUAUGGAACUGUUGGUCCUGAGGGCUUCGCUCCACCAGAUCUUUUCGGAGGACCUCCCAGGAUUUUCCCUACUUAUGGCGGCCCGAGAUUUUCUGGCGACUUCUCUGGAGCUGGUCCUAUGCCUGGGUUAGUCUUUCCUGGUCGUCCACCCCAGUCUGGCAUUUUCCCUAUGGGUGGACUGGGGAUGAUGAUGGGUUCCAGCCGAGCAUUCAUGGGCGGAAUACCAAUAGCAGGAGUUGGAAGAUCCAAUCGUCCCAUUGGCAUCUCACCUUUCCUCCAUCCACCUCCACCUCUACCAAGCAACUGGGCUUCAAAGCGGGAGCAAAGAAGACCUGCAAACGAAAGAUAUGAAUCUGGAUCUGAUCAAGGACACAGGGGUCAGGAGACAGCUGGUCAAGAUGAUGAGAUGGGGUAUCAACAAGGAUCAAGGGCUCAUAAUGAGGACAGGUUUGGCUCAGGUAACCGAUACGCAAAUGAUGAGAGCGAAAGUGAGGAUGAGGCAGCUCCCAGAAGGUCAAGACAUGGGGAAAGUAAGAAGCGGCGUGGUUCGGAAGGCGAUGUUGCCGCAGAUCACUGGGAAGCCCCUUUCACCGAAGCUUCAAAUCAUUGAUAAAAUUUACAGAUGCACUUUUUUUUUUUUUUCCUUUCAUUGUCAAUGCUAUUGGUUUACCAUUUGUCGUAGUGUAACUUAACAUUAGUUCUAAUCAGUAGUAUCAGGAUAAUCUGAUUGCAGUGUCAAAUGAGGAUUUAAAGUGAUGCAUGGAUAUCAUCAGAAAGCUCUUAGGUAGAAGAGAACUUGUUCUAAAGCCACCUUUCCUCUUUCCCCCAACAUUUUUUUGUUGUGUAUAAAGUCUGCUAAAACAAUAUAAACGUCAUUAUCCUUCAAUGAUGCACCGAAUCUUUUUCCUGCAUCAAAUUCUUGCCAUAAAGCUUGUUCUGUAUAUGACCAUAUGUUUCAUUUUUACAAGGAACCUGCAAUGCAGUAAUGUAUAAUUGUUUGUGU